GAGCCGCAGGAGUUUGGGUUCUUCUUGCUACUGCAUUAUAAUAAUAAUUAUUAUUAUUACUAUUGUUAUUGCUUCUUGCUAGUGUCUUAUGCCUAUUGUUUUUGCUACUGUCUUAUGAUGAUGAUUAUUAACAUUAUUGUUUUUGCUACUGUCUUAUUCUUAUUACUCUUCUUGCUAUUCUUAUUAUCAUUUCUAUUACUAGUAUUAUUCUUGCUACUGUCUUAUGCCUAUUGUUCUUGCUACUGUAUUAUUAUUACCAUUGAUAUUGCUCUUACUAUUAUUGUUCUUGUUACUAUCUUAUUCUUACUAUUAUUACAAUUAUUAUUCUUGCUAUUGUCCUUUAUUUAUUGUUCUUGCUACUGUCUUUUUAUUAUUAUUAAUAUUGUUAUUCUUGCUCCUGUCUUCUUAUUGUUCUUGCUAUUGUCUUAUUUUAUUACUACUGCUACUGCUGCUGCUGUUAUUAUUGUUACAAUAGCAGCAGCAACCUAAACUCUUCCAGCUUUUCUAUGGCUGUUGUAAUAAUGAUAAUUACUAUUCACUAUUAUUACAAUUAUUAUUUCUUACUACUUUAUUACAACAGCCAUAGAAAAGUUGGAAAAGUUUAGGUUGUUGUUAUUGUAUUUGUCGUAGUAGUAGUAGUACUAGUACUACUACUAUUACCAUUACUACUAGUAAUACUACUACAACAGCAGCAGCAGCUGUUGUAAUAAUAAUAAUUCCUAUUUAUUACUUCUACUGUAAUAGCAAUAGAAAAGCUGGAUGAGUUGAGGUUGCUGCUGUUACUAUAGUAGUAGUAAUAUGAGUCGUAGUAGUAAUAUUACAAUAGCAACAAAUUAAACUCUUCCAGCUUUUCUGUUGCUGUUGUAAUAAUAAUAAUUACUAUUUUGUUAUUACUAUUAUUAUUAUUACUGACUACUACUACUGUAGCAAUAAAACAUCUGGAAGAGUUUAGAUUGUUGCUGCUACUAUAGCAGUAGUAAUAGAAGGAGGAGGAGUAAUAUUACAGUAGCAAUAACAAGCUCUUUCAACUUUUCUAUUGCUAUUAUAGUAGUAGUAAUAAAUGUUAAUAAUUAUUAUUACAACAGCGGUAGAAAAGCUGGAAGAGUUUAGGUUGUUGCUGCUGUUGUUGUAGUAGUAAUAUUAAUAAUACAAUAGCAACAACUUAAACUAUUGUCUGCUCCUCAGCUCCGAAUGUCUUGUCAUCCCUAAACAAAAUAAGUAUAAUCUGGCUUGCAGUCUCUCCAUAUUUUUUUUGUGAAAUGCAUGGUCAUUUGGGAACAGGGGCAGAUUUGUGGGGGGAGGGGUGCACUCCCCCCACCCGCUUUGUUGCCUGCUCCACCCAAAGUUUAAAACCAACUGCCUAGCAGUGGCACCAGCAUUUUUAGUCAGGUAGUGCUGAGGAAGUCAAUUGACUUCAUGGAUGGUUGUAAUCUACUUGACCCCUUCUAAACUCUUCAUUCCACAGGUGUUAAGGGUCUUCUCUUCUUUUUAAUGGUCUUGCUGUUCCACCAACCAAGCUAUCCUUUGUUCUGCAAUUUGCUGUCUGUUAGCUGCUCCUGGACUUUGAAGACGAGAUAAAGGUGGAAAGUGAGACCAGUGGAAAAGCAUUUGAAGAACCAUUCCCAAUUUGUGCUCUGCUAAGUAGACUAUGGUGGCAGGAAGAUGCUGGCUAGGAAGAGCAUCAUCCCUGAGGAGUAUGUACUGGCACGGAUUGCUGCUGAAAACCUUCGUAAGCCACGUGUCCGAGACCGUCCACGCAAGGCCCGCUUCAUUGCCAAGAACGGGGCAUGCAACUUGGCACAUAAGAACAUCCGAGAACAAGGCCGCUUUUUGCAAGACAUCUUCACUACUUUGGUGGACCUGAAGUGGCGCCACACACUGGUGAUCUUUACAAUGUCCUUUCUCUGCAGCUGGCUUCUCUUUGCCAUGGUGUGGUGGCUGGUAGCUUUUGCCCAUGGAGACAUGGAUAGAAUAGACAACAGUAAAGGCAGUGCCAACUGGACACCGUGCGUGACAGAUGUUGGGUCUUUCACUUCUGCCUUCCUCUUCUCCAUUGAGGUUCAGGUGACCAUUGGUUUUGGAGGCAGAAUGAUGACAGAGGAAUGCCCAACAGCCAUCACCGUCUUGAUUCUACAGAACAUUGUGGGUUUGAUUAUUAAUGCUGUCAUGCUGGGCUGCAUAUUUAUGAAAACUGCUCAGGCUCACAGGAGGGCAGAGACUUUGAUUUUCAGCCGGCAUGCAGUUAUUGCUGUUCGAAAUGGCAGACUUUGCUUCAUGUUCAGAGUGGGAGAUCUGAGGAAAAGCAUGAUCAUCAGUGCUUCUGUGAGAAUACAGGCAGUGAAAAAGACUACUACCCCCGAAGGGGAGAUCAUCCCCAUUCAUCAGCUGGACAUCCCAGUGGACAAUCCUAUUGAAAGCAACAACAUUUUCCUGGUAGCACCUUUAAUCAUUUGCCAUAUUAUAGACAAGCGGAGUCCACUUUACGAUAUCUCCCCCUCUGACCUGGUCAACCAAGAUUUAGAACUUAUAGUGAUACUUGAAGGAGUAGUAGAGACCACAGGCAUCACCACGCAAGCAAGAACAUCUUACAUAGCAGAGGAGAUCCUGUGGGGCCACCGCUUUGUGCCCAUCGUAACAGAAGAGGAAGGAGUAUAUGCUGUUGAUUACUCCAAAUUUGGCAACACAAUCAAGGUAGCUGCUCCACGCUGCAGUGCUCGGGAGCUAGAUGAAAAGCCCUCCAUCCUCAUCCAGACCCUCCAGAAGAGCGAGCUGUCCCAUCAGAACUCUCUAAGGAAACGCAACUCCAUGAGGAGAAACAAUUCCAUAAGAAGAAACAACUCCAUGAGGAGGACCAACUCCUCCCUCAUGGUGCCCAAAGUACAGUUUAUAACUCCUGAAGGGAAUCAGAAUGCAUCUGAAACAUGAUAUUCAACCUCACACAAGGAUGAGUCUCUUCUAAAGAUGGAGAAACCAAAACUACGCGUAAAGAAAGAAACCUGGAACAUGAAGCAAAACAGAACUGUACUAGAACUAUUUAUUCUAUUGCUUAAUGAAAGCAUCACCUAGUGACAAUAGGAAACACUAUAGCACUUAGUCAUUAAUAAUUAAAGAAUACACUUAGAAUAAAGGAAGCACAAUUCAAUCAUAAAAUAUAUUGUGUAUGUAUGUGUGUUUUAGUGCCAUGUUAGGUUUUUUCUUGCCCUUCAAGGAUAUCUUCCAUAUGCUUUUCCACUGUCUAUUGUAAGCUGUAUUUUUCUCUUUACUUUUGAGUCAUUUACCCCCAGAGGGAAAUGGGCUGAUUUUCAAUAAUGCCAUGUACUCAGCAUCAUGCAAAGAUUUAGGUAGGAUGUAUAGUGUUUAAAUCUGUGUUUUGGGGAUGAAAUCCUGGCCUCAUGGAAGCGAAUAGCAAAACUCACAUUCAUUUCACUGGGAUCACAAUUUCACCCCAGUCUUCAAAAUUUAGCCCUUUGAAAAGCCAGACAUACUGAACUGAAGUAAUAAAAUGCCUGUAAGAAAAUUAAAUCUCACUCUUUAGCUCCCUCUUGGCAAUACCACCAAGGAGGUCAAGGACUCAAGGGGCUUGAACAGUGAACUUACCUAUGAGCCCAAGAAGUCUUUCAGAGAUACACUGUCAGAGUAUUAUGGGGGAAUUUGUAUUGCUGCUGUAUCUUGUAGUAUAUUUGAUUGUGGGCAAUUCCAUCUCCAUGCCUAGUGGUUAAACAUCAGUUUCACUUAAAUUUAUGCAAGAUACAAAAUACUGAAUUUAUCAUAUUAAUUUCAUACUAAUUAGGCCAAGUUCUGUUUUCUUGGUACAUAUGAGUUAUCACAACAAAGGCAAUGGCUAGAUUCUCUAAUUUUACCUACACUAAUGUUAUAAUGAAAUAAUUCCAGAUGCAUCUGUGGAGAAAUAAUGCACAUCAGUGGUCAAGAAAGGAAACACCAAUUCUAGUAUUAAUUAGAAGUGAACUUAAAAACAAACAAACAUGUGAAUGACUUUCCAUGGGACAGAGGUACCUAAAUCACAUAGGCAUAUUUAAAAAGUAGGUUGUUUGCUUGUAUAAUAUAGGAUUGGGAUAGUGUAAAUCUGGGGUGACUAUUUUUUCCUUAAAUGCAAAAGAUAUUUGCUAUCUAGAUACCAAAAAAAAAAGAAGAGAGAAAUUCAUUUUUCAACCAAGUCAAAGUUUCUAAGUAAACUUAGCACAUCUUAGCAUGGAACUAUGACAUGAUUGGAAUAACAGAGACUUAGUGGGAUAACUUGCAUGACUGGAGCACUGUCAUGGGUGUACAAACUGCUCAGGAAGGACAGGCAGGGGAGAAGAGGAGGAGGAGUUGAACUUUAUGUAAAAGGGCCAUAUGAUUGCUCAGAGCUCCAGUAUGACACUAAAGAUAGGCCUGUUGACUGGGUUAGAGUCAGAGAGGAGAGCAACAAGGGUGAUGUCAUGGUGGGGGUUUGCUAUAGACCACCAAACCAGGAAGUGGUGGAGGCUUUCUUCAAAUAGCUAGUGGAAGUUUCUCUGUUUACAGGCCCUGAAGUCCC